AUGCGCUUCGAGACCCUCGCCAUCUUCACCUUCGCCAGCUUGGCCGUUGCCAACAAGCCCAACCCCUGGGACCCUCUUGACGUCCGUCCCCUCAAGCGGUGCCAGGCUGACUGCGUCAAGAGCACCCUCCCCAAGCUCGGCGAGGGCAAGUUUGUCAUUCUCCAGACCCCCAACGAGUACUUUUGCGCCUCGCCGGACCUGAAGACGUGGCUGCGCGACGACCUCUUCCCCUGUGGUGCCAUCUCUUGCGGUCGCAAGACUGAGCUCUAUGCUAAGCGUGGCAUGACGUGGCUGCGCAACACCUGCCCCACAAUCACCUUCACUGAGUCCGAGUUCGCCUCGCCGUCCGGCCAGCCUGCUGGCGAGGCUCCUACUGGCUCUUCUGGCGCAGAGCCCAGUUCAGAGCCUUCCGGAUCCCCUGAAGCCACCCCUACUGGUUCCGAGGGCUCGGAGCCCACCGAGGGAGCCGAGACCGGGUCUGACGGCUCGGAGUAA